AUGUCUAAUAUUAAUUUACAAUGUCUUUUGGGUAUUCAGUGCAAUGAUUUUGUAAUGAUAGCUGCCGAUCAAACCAAUAGUCAUAGUAUUAUGGUAAUGAAAGAUGACGAAGAAAAGAUAUACAGAAUAUCUGACAAGCUUGUGAUGGGUGUAGUCGGUGAUUCUGGCGAUACAACUCAAUUUGCAGAAUAUAUUGCAAAGAAUAUUCAACUUUAUAAAAUGCGCAAUGGUUACGAACUAGGUCCAACAGCUGCGGCCAAUUUUACUCGUCGCAACCUUGCUGAAUACCUGAGAAGUAGUACGCCAUAUUUUGUAAAUAUAUUAUUGGGUGGUUAUGAUAAAGAAAACGGCCCAGAGUUAUAUUUCAUGGAUUAUUUGGCAUCCAGUGUAAGGGUGCCAUUUGCAGCCCAUGGGUUUGGAGGCUUUUUAAGUUUGAGUAUUAUGGAUCGUUACCAUAAAAAAGAUUUAACUGAAGAGCAAGCAUAUGAAAUUUUAAAGAUGUGUGUCAAAGAAGUCCAUAAGCGUUUAUUUGUCAGCUUACCUAACUUCCAGGUGACAGUUGUGAACCGAGAAGGUAUUAAAAUUCUGCCUGUUAUUGAUUCAUCAGCUAUGAAGUAA